AUGACUACCGGAACCGAGACUGUCAGUGUUAAAGACAAUUCAUCCUUGUCUAUUGUUAAUGACAUUCCAAUUGACCAACAAAUAGAAAACCUAAUUAGAGCUCAUAAUGAUUUGAAGAUCACAAAUAAUGGUAAUUUAAAAUUACGGAUUAACCCCGGUCCUGAUCCUGAAGGCUUGAAAAUUCUAUCAAAGUCUACAAGAGAGCGUUUGGAGGCCGAUAAUAUUGAUUUAUCGGUUGGUUAUCCGGAAACACCUCCAAGAGCAGAAAUUCCUGUGUAUCUUGACCAAGCAUAUGCCAUCAGAGCAGAAGAUGCACCUUAUAUUGAACGUGCAAAGAAUGCCGACCCAGAAAAGAAGGCAUUGCUUGGUGCUGCAAAAGAGGUCAUCCACUUGACUAAAAACGUUGGUACUGAGAUUGUUGGCUUGCAGCUUGCAGACUUGACUGACCAACAGAAGGAUGAGUUGGCUCUUCUUGUUGCGGAGAGAGUCGUUGUCUUUUUCAGAGAUCAAAAAUUAUUACCAAGUGAACAGCUUGAGUUAGGCAAGUAUUUAGGUAACAUUGAGUAUCAUCCGCAAACCACGCAUGUCACUGGUUUGCCUGGUAACUCAGUUAUUUGGAAUGAUUAUUUUGCUCUUAAAGGUGUUAACAUUAACUACGAAAACAACAAUCUAGGCAAUUGGGACUCUUUACGUUAUCCAGCAAGAGGAACACAGGUCUGGCACACAGAUUUAGUCCACGAACAUCAACCUGCGGGUUACACUCAUCUACACAUAGAUUCAGUUCCGACAACUGGAGAUGACACGCUAUGGGCUUCAGGUUAUGGGGCGUAUGAUAAGUUGUCAGACGAAUUUAAGAAGUUCUUGGAUGGUAAGAAAGCUGUUUACGUUUCAGCACAUGCUUACUUAGAUAGAGAAGACCCACUAGGUGGACCAAAGAGAAUUGAAAGAGUUCAUCCGUUAGUCAGAACCCACCCUGCAACAGGUUGGAAGUCACUUUUCAUCAAUAGAGCAAUGACUAGAAGAAUUAUUGGGGUUUCUCCAGUCGAAUCGGAUUUGAUCCUUAACUACCUCUUUGACAUUUACGAGAAGAAUGCAGAUAUCCAAGUAAGAUUUAAGUGGUCUCCAACAAAGGAGGGCUAUGGUACUUCUGCUAUCUGGGAUAACAGAAUCUCACAGCAUAGAUCAGUCUGGGAUAAUGAAGGUGCUGAGUCUAGACAUGGUACCAGAGUUACCUCUUUAGCUGAAGUUCCAUUCUUUGAUCCGGAAUCAAAGUCUCAGAGAGAAGCAUUAGGCAAGCCAAUUCACCAAUGGGAAUGA